AUUAAUCCAAUUGGUGGAGCUGCUGAGGUCACGUGCCUUAACUAAUCCGCAGUCCCAAUGAAGCUGUGAAAUCUUUCCGGAGCAGCCAAAAUCCAGCAGUCUCCAAGAGACUAUUAGAAACACAGAUACUGCCAAGAACUGGGGAAUCAAACUGCAUCUGGGUGACAACCAUGAGUGUCUCUAACGGUCACAUACCACUUGUUCUCACUUUCAUAAGUCUCUGCUCUAGGCUGGCUAUAGGAGGUGAGGUGUGUGAUGAGUAUACGUGUCUAAAUGGAGGAACCUGCCUGAGCAAUGUGUAUAACUCUCCUGUCUACUGUCUGUGUCCUGAUGGCUUUACUGGAACUAACUGCAAUGAGACUGAAAAAGGCCCAUGCUAUCCAAAUCCCUGCCGCAACAAUGCAGAAUGUCAGGAACUCUCCACUUCUCGCAGAGGGGACACAUUUGCUGAGUAUAAAUGCAUUUGCCCUCCAGGAUAUAGCGGACUACACUGUGAAAAUAAUAGAAAUGAGUGCUCCAGAAAUCCUUGUAAAAAUGGCGGCGUCUGUAAAGACCUUUUUGAUGACUUUACUUGCAGAUGUGCUUCACCUUACAUUGGGAAAGUCUGCCAAACGCGCUGCUCUAAUGCACUGGGCAUGGAAGGUAGAGCUAUAUCGGAUGCCCAGAUUACAUCUUCAUCUUUAUAUCAUGGUUUUCUUGGUCUGCAGAGGUGGGGACCAAACCUUGCUCGCCUUAAUAAUCAUGGGAUUGUUAAUGCAUGGACAUCUAGCAGUUAUGAUAAGAACCCAUGGAUUCAGGUCAACCUGCUUCGGCAAAUGAGGGUGUCUGGAAUAAUAACGCAAGGAGCCAGUCGGAUGGGUACUCCCGAGUACCUUAGAACUUUCAAGGUUGCAUACAGUCUAGAUGGUCACCAGUUUUUUUUUUACAAAGACGAGGGAAGGGAUGUAGACAAGGUUUUUUACGGAAAUAUAGACAACAACAGUAUGAAGGUUAACAUGUUUAGUCCUCCGGUUACUGCCCAGUACAUUCGUGUUUAUCCAGUGGCGUGUCGCAGGGCAUGUACUCUGCGUUUCGAGUUGAUUGGAUGCGAAAUUAAUGUGUAUUUCAACACGGUAGGUUGCUCUGACCCACUUGGAAUGAGAUCCCACCUGAUACCUGAUAAGCAAAUCACAGCUUCCAGUGUCUACAAAACAUGGGGGAUUGACGCGUUUACUUGGUAUCCACACUAUGGCCGCCUAGAUAAGAUUGGCAAGAGCAAUGCAUGGACUGCACUUGAGAACAAGCAGUCAGAAUGGUUCCAGGUUGACCUACUAACGCCUAGGAAAAUCACAGGAAUUAUUACUCAAGGUGCAAAGGAUUUUGGGAAUAUUCAGUAUGUGGAAGCAUACAAAAUAGCGUACAGCGAUAAUGGCACAACCUGGGUUAUAUACAAAGACAGCAGGACAAAAACAGAUAAGAUCUUCCUUGGAAACAACGACAACUACUCGCACAAGAAGAACAUCUUUAACCCGCCAUUUUCAGCCCGUUACGUGCGUGUACUUCCCCAGUCAUGGCAUGAGCGCAUCACACUGAGAAUGGAGCUUUUGGGUUGUGACGAUUAAGUAUACAUCAAGAACGGACAAUAUAAUAAUGUUGUUCACAUCACUGCUUUGUUUAUUUGCUGAUCUACUGUAACCUCACCUUUUGGUGACCUUCAUCAGCUGAAACUCUCCCUGGUAUUUGCUAGCGGAAAACUAAGUCAAGCAGAUCUUCUAAUCACCUGGCUGUUUCACUUGCCAAAAAAAAGUAAUUAUUGUCUGAUAGGUCACGUUACUGCUGUUUACCUGAUAUUAUUUAGAAAAAACCCUGAUGUACUGAUAUAUGUAGGCCCUUUUUCUAUUGGUCAAAAACGUAAUGACAUCAAUGAGUGAAAAUGAAAACAAAUAGUUUUUAGAUUUUUUUUCCCAAAUGUAAAUUUUACAUUUGGAUUUCAUUAUAGUUUUUAAUAUGGCUAUUGAGAGGAAUAAGUUCCUGUAUUGAGAAUUUUUUCUUGCAUGAAUGUGCUUGUGCAAUUAUGCCAAUUUAAUUGGGUGAGAAAUAGACGUUAAUUUUUUUUAGAUUUCUAUAUUCGUUUUGCAAAACGAUUAAUGAUAUUUGCUGCAAAUUCCAGCAUUCAGAAAGUUCUGCCACUAGAUAUAUUAGAAAAAAACUGCAACUCAAAAUACCUGUAUUUUUAAAGAUAUUUUGUUAGAUCUCUUCAAAUGAUGGAGACUACAUAUAUUUUUAUUUGUUUUGCAAGUAGAUAAAAAAAUCUGAAGAAAUUAGAGAUAUAAUUUUUAAAUCCGUUUUUGCAUGCAUAACUGUAUUAAAUGAACUUUAAAAUGCUCUAAUUUUUUUUAUAGUAUUUUAUUUUUCAGCUUGUUUGUAACACCUGCGUUCGUCUGCCCUUCCUGGGCAGAACAUUGUUGGUGAUUUGAAGGAUAUGUACAUAGACGCUACUGUUGCGCACACCAGCCUUGCCCUGCAGAGGAACGUCAAUGUACUGUGAUGAUAGUGCAACUUUUUAAGUAUGCGUUAAACCUCAUUUGCAGAAGUUUAAAGUGAUAGUAAAUUCUAGCAUUUGUGAAACACUAGGAUUUACCAAUGUAACAAAUAAAGGGGACUUUCAGUCAUGAAGUAUAAAAUACUUCAGGCUGAAAGCUCCUUUAUUUGUCUGCAGUGUUCAAUGCACUGAGCGCCUCAGGCCAUCCACGGCAGAACGCUAUUUUAUCACUGAGGUGAUCUUAGCCAAUAGCGUGCUAGCUAUCCGGCAUAAUGCCAGCUGGCUAGCCCUGGUAAAUCCUAGUGUUUCAGAAUUGCUAGGCUUUACCAUCACUUAAAGCGACAGUCUAGUCGAAAUUUUAACUUGCAUGAUUCAGAUAGGGCAUUUAAUUUUAAACAACUUUCCAGUUUACUUGUAUCAUCAAAUUUGCUUUCUUUUCUUGGUAUUCUUUGUUGAAAGCUAAACCUAGAUAGACUUAUAUGCUAAUUUCUAAGACCUUGAAGGCCGUCUCUUAUCUGCAUUUUGACAGUUUUUUACAGCUAGACAGCCCUAGUUCAUGUUUGCAAUAUUGAUAACAUUGUGCUCACUCCUGUGGAGUUACGUAGGAGUCAGCACUGAUUGGCUAAAAUGUACGUUUGUCAAAAGAACUGAAAUAAGGGGGUAGUCUGCAGAGGCUUAGAUACAAAGUAAUCACAGAGGUAAAUUCAUAUAACAGUGUUGGCAAAACUGGGUAAUAAAGGGAUUAUCUAUCUUUCUCUUGUUAAGUGUAGUCAGUCCACGGGUCAUCCAUUACUUAUGGGAUUAUAUCUCUUCCCCAACAGGAAGUUGCAAGAGGAUCACCCUAGCAGAGCUGCUAUAUAGCUCCUCCCCUCACAUGUCAUACCCAGUCAUUCUCUUGCAACCUAACUAAAGAUAGGUCGUUGUGAGAGGUCUGUGGUGUUUUUAAACUUAGUUUAUUUCUUCAAUCAAAAGUUUGUUAUUUUAAAUGGCACCGGAGUGUGCUGUUUGUUUCUCAGGCAGCAUUAGAAGAAGAAUCUGCCUGCGUUUUCCAUGAUCUUAGCAGACGUAACUAAGAUCCACUGGCUGUUCUUGCACAUUCUGAGGAGUGAGGUAACUUCAGAAAAGGGGAAUAGCAUGCAGGGCUCCCCUGCAAACGAGGUAUGUGCAGUAAAUUAUUUUUCUAAGCAAUGGAAUUGACUGAGAAAAUACUGCUGAUACCAAUGUAAUGUAAGUUCAGCCUUAAAUGCAGUGGUAGCGACUGGUAUUAGGCUGAUGAGUGUGUGUACGCUGAAGUAUUUUUCUAGGGAAUGGAAUUUGACUCAGAAAAUACUGUUAAUACUGAAGUAAUGUAUGAGCCUUAACUGCAGUAAUAGCGACUGGUAGCAGGCUUAUUAAUAACACUUCAUAACUUUUAAAAUGUAUGUUCAAAACGUAUACUGGCAUGUUAAUCGUUUUUUGUGAGGUACUUGGUGAUAAAACUUAUUGGGGCAUGAUUUUUACCACAUGGCUAACUUUUGUUUCUGCAUAGAAACAGUUAACUGAGCUUCCCCACUGUUGUAAAAUGAGUGGGAGGGGCCUAUUUUAGCGCUUUUUUGCGCAGUAAAAAUUCAGUCACAAUCUUCCUACUUCAUCCUCCAUGAUCCAGGACGUCUCUAGAGAGCUCAGGGGUCUUCAAAAUUCAUUUUGAGGGAGGUAAUCAGUCACAGCAGACCUGUGACAGUGUGUUUGACUGUGAUAAAAACGUUAAUUAUUAAAUUGUUAUCCGUUUUUGGGUAUUAAGGGGUUAAUCAUCCAUUUGCUGGUGGGUGCAAUCCUUUGCUAACUUAAUACAUUUACUGUGAAAAAUUGGUUGCUAUAACUAAUUUGGUUCAUUGUUAUUUCAACUGUGACAGCUUUUUGUGCUUCUUAAAGGCACAGUAGCGUUUUUUAUAUUGCUUGUAAAUUUAUUUGAAAAGUAUUUUCCAAGCUUGCUAGUCUCAUUGCUAGUCUGUUUAAACAUGUCUGACACAGAUGAAUCUGUUUGUUCAUUAUGUAUGAAGGCCAAUGUGGAGCCCCAUAGAAAUAUGUGUACUAAAUGCAUUGAUGCCACUUUAAAUAAAAGUCAGUCUUUACAUGUAAAGAAAUUACCACCAGACAAUGAGGGGGAAGUUAUGCCGACUAACUCUCCUCACGUGUCAGUACCUUCGCCUCCCGCUCAGGAGGUGCGUGAUUUUGUGGCGCCAAGUACAUCAGGGAGGCCCUUACAAAUCAUUUUGCAAGACAUGGCUACUGUUAUGACAGAAGUAUUAUCUAAAUUGCCAGAAUUAAGAGGCAAGCGUGAUAGCUCUGGGUUAAGGACAGAGCGCGCUGAUGAUGUGAGAGCCAUGUCCGAUACUGCGUCACAAUUUGCAGAACAUGAAGACGGAGAGCUUCAUUCUGUGGGUGACGGAUCUGAUCCAGGGAGACUGGAUUCAGAGAUUUCUAAUUUUAAAUUUAAGCUUGAGAACCUCCGCAUAUUGCUAGGGGAGGUAUUAGCGGCUCUGAAUGAUUGUAACACGGUUGCAAUUCCAGAAAAAUUAUGUAGGUUGGAUAGAUACUAUGCGGUACCGGUGUGUACUGACGUGUUUCCUAUACCUAAAAGGCUUACAGAGAUUAUUAGCAAGGAGUGGGAUAGACCCGGUGUGCCUUUUUCCCCUCCUCCCAUAUUUAGGAAAAUGUUUCCUAUAGACGCCACCACACGAGACUUAUGGCAGACGGUCCCUAAGGUGGAGGGAGCAGUUUCUACUUUAGCUAAGCGUACCACUAUCCCGGUGGAGGAUAGUUGUGCCUUUUCAGAUCCAAUGGAUAAAAAAUUAGAAGGUUACCUUAAGAAAAUGUUUGUUCAACAAGGUUUUAUCUUACAGCCCCUUGCAUGCAUUGCGCCUGUCACUGCUGCGGCGGCAUUCUGGUUUGAGUCUCUGGAAGAGGCCAUUCGCACAGCUCCAUUGGAUGAAAUUAUGAACAAGCUUAAAGCACUUAAGCUAGCUAACGCAUUUGUUUCUGAUGCCGUCGUACAUUUAACCAAACUUACGGCUAAGAACUCCGGAUUCGCCAUCCAAGCGCGCAGAGCGCUAUGGCUUAAAUCCUGGUCAGCUGACGUGACUUCUAAAUCUAAAUUGCUUAAUAUUCCUUUCAAAGGGCAGACCUUAUUCGGGCCCGGCUUGAAAGAAAUUAUCGCUGACAUUACGGGAGGUAAGGGCCAUGCUCUGCCUCAGGACAGGGCCAAAUCAAAGGCCAAACAGUCUAAUUUUCGUGCCUUUCGUAACCUCAAGGCAGGAGCAGCAUCAACUUCCUCCGCUCCAAAACAGGAAGGAGCUGUUGCUCGUUACAGACAGGGCUGGAAAAUUAACCAGUCCUGGAACAAGGGCAAGCAGGCCAGAAAACCUGCUGCUGCCCCUAAGACAGCAUGAAGAGAGGGCCCCCUAUCCGGAAACGGAUCUAGUGGGGGUCAGACUUUCUCUCUUCGCCCAGGCUUGAGCAAGAGAUGUCCAGGAUCCCUGGGCGUUGGAGAUCGUAUCUCGGGGAUAUCUUCUGGACUUCAAAGCUUCUCCUCCACAAGGGAGAUUUCAUCUUUCAAGGUUAUCAGCAAACCAAAUAAAGAAAGAGGCGUUUCUACGCUGUGUACAAGACCUCUUACUAAUGGGGGUGAUCCACCCAGUUCCGCGGACGGAACACGGGCAAGGAUUCUAUUCAAAUCUGUUUGUGGUUCCCAAGAAAGAGGGAACCUUCAGACCAAUCUUGGACUUAAAAAUCCUAAACAAAUUCCUAAGAGUUCCAUCAUUCAAAAUGGAAACUAUUCGAACCAUCCUACCCAUGAUCCAAGAGGGUCAGUACAUGACCACAGUGGACUUAAAGGAUGCCUACCUUCACAUACCGAUUCACAAGAAUAAUUAUCGGUACCUAAGAUUUGCCUUCCUUGACAGGCAUUACCAGUUUGUAGCUCUUCCCUUCGGGUUAGCUACGGCUCCAAGAAUCUUUACAAAGGUUCAGGGCUCACUUCUGGCGGUACUAAGACCGCGAGGCAUAGCGGUGGCUCCGUACCUAGACGACAUUCUGAUACAAGCGUCAAGUUUUCAAACUGCCAAGUCUCAUACAGAGAUAGUUCUGGCAUUUCUGAGGUCGCAUGGGUGGAAGGUGAACGUGGAAAAGAGUUCUCUAUUACCACUCACAAGGGUUCCAUUCCUAGGGACUCUUUUAUAGAUUCUGUAGAGCUGAAAAUUUACCUGAUGGAGGCCAGGUUAUCAAAACUUCUAAAUGCUUGCCGUGCCCUUCAUUCCAUUCCACACCCGUCAGUAGCUCAGUGCAUGGAAGUAAUCGGCUUAAUGGUAGCGGCAAUGGACAUAGUACCAUUUGCGCGCCUGCAUCUCAGACCACUGCAAUUGUGCAUGCUAAGUCAGUGGAAUGGGGAUUACUCAGAUUUGUCCCCUCUACUAAAUCUGGAUCAAGAGACCAGAGAUUCUCUUCUAUGGUGGUUUUCUCGGCCCCACCUGUCCAAGGGGAUGACCUUUCGCAGGCCAGAUUGGACGAUUGUAACAACAGACGCCAGCCUUCUAGGUUGGGGCGCAGUCUGGAAUUCCCUGAAGGCUCAGGGAUCAUGGACUCAGGAGGAGAAACUCCUCCCAAUAAAUAUUCUGGAGUUAAGAGCAAUAUUCAAUGCUCUUCUAGCUUGGCCUCAGUUAGCAACUCUGAGGUUCAUCAGAUUUCAGUCGGACAACAUCACGACUGUGGCUUACAUCAACCAUCAAGGGGGAACCAGGAGUUCCCUAGCGAUGUUGGAAGUCUCAAAGAUAAUUCACUGGGCAGAGUCUCACUCUUGCCACCUGUCAGCGAUCUACAUCCCAGGCGUGGAGAACUGGGAGGCGGAUUUUCUAAGUCGCCAGACUUUUCAUCCGGGGGAGUGGAAACUUCAUCCGGAGGUCUUCGCUCAACUGAUUCAUCGUUGGGGCAAACCAGAUCUGGAUCUCAUGGUGUCUCGCCAGAACGCCAAGCUUCCUUGUUACGGAUCCAGGUCCAGGGACCCGGGAGCGGUGCUGAUAGAUGCUCUGACAGCCCCUUGGGUCUUCAACAUGGCUUAUGUGUUUCCACCAUUUCCGAUGCUUCCUCGGCUGAUUGCCAAGAUCAAACGGGAGAGAGCAUCGGUGAUUCUGAUAGCGCCUGCGUGGCCACGCAGGACCUGGUAUGCAGACCUAGUGGACAUGUCGUCCUGUCCACCAUGGUCUCUGCCUCUGAGGCAGGACCUUCUAAUUCAGGGUCCUUUCAACCAUCCAAAUCUAAUUUCUCUGAGGCUGACUGCAUGGAGAUUGAACGCUUGAUUCUAUCAAAGCAUGGCUUCUCGGAGUCGGUUAUUGAUACCUUAAUACAGGCUAGGAAACCUGUUACCAGAAGAAUUUACCAUAAGAUAUGGCGUAAAUAUUUAUAUUGGUGCGAAUCCAAGAGUUACUCAUGGAGUAAGGUUAGGAUUCCUAGGAUAUUAUCUUUUCUACAAGAGGGUUUAGAAAAGGGCUUAUCCGCUAGUUCGUUAAAGGGACAGAUUUCUGCUCUGUCUAUUCUUCUACACAAACGUCUGGCAGAAGUUCCAGACGUUCAGGCUUUUUGUCAGGCUUUGGCUAGGAUUAAGCCUGUGUUUAAGACUGUUGCUCCGCCGUGGAGCUUAAACUUAGUUCUUAACGUUCUGCAAGGCGUUCCAUUUGAACCCCUUCAUUCCAUUGAUAUCAAGCUGUUAUCUUGGAAAGUUCUGUUUUUGAUGGCUAUUUCCUCAGCUCGAAGAGUCUCUGAGUUAUCUGCCUUACAUUGUGAUUCUCCUUAUCUGAUUUUUCAUUCAGACAAGGUAGUUCUGCGUACUAAACCUGGGUUCUUACCUAAGGUAGUUUCUAACAGGAAUAUCAAUCAACAGAUUGUUGUUCCAUCAUUGUGUCCUAACCCUUCUUCAAAGAAGGAACGACUUUUGCAUAAUCUGGACGUAGUCCGUGCCCUGAAAUUCUAUUUGCAGGCAACUAAAGAUUUUCGUCAAACUUCUUCCCUGUUUGUCGUUUACUCUGGACAGAGGAGAGGUCAAAAGGCUUCGGCUACCUCUCUCUCCUUUUGGCUUCGUAGCAUAAUACGUUUAGCCUAUGAGACUGCUGGACAUCAGCCUCCUGAAAGAAUUACAGCUCAUUCUACUAGAGCUGUGGCUUCCACCUGGGCCUUUAAAAAUGAGGCCUCUGUUGAACAGAUUUGCAAGGCUGCAACUUGGUCUUCACUUCACAUUUUUUCAAAAUUUUACAAAUUUGACACUUUUGCUUCUUCGUAGGCUAUUUUUGGGAGAAAGGUGCUUCAGGCAGUGGUUCCUUCCGUUUAAAGUUCCUGCCUUGUCCCUCCCUUCAUCCGUGUACUUUAGCUUUGGUAUUGGUAUCCCAUAAGUAAUGGAUGACCCGUGGACUGACUACACUUAACAAGAGAAAACAUAAUUUAUGCUUACCUGAUAAAUUUAUUUCUCUUGUAGUGUAGUCAGUCCACGGCCCGCCCUGUCUUUUAAGGCAGAUCUAAAUUUUAAUUAAACUCCAGUCACCACUGCACCCUAUGGUUUUUCCUUUCUCGUCUUGUUUCGGUCGAAUGACUGGAUAUGACAUGUGAGGGGAGGAGCUAUAUAGCAGCUCUGCUUGGGUGAUCCUCUUGCAACUUCCUGUUGGGGAAGAGAUAUAAUCCCAUAAGUAAUGGAUGACCCGUGGACUGACUACACUACAAGAGAAAUAAAUUUAUCAGGUAAGCAUAAAUUAUGUUUUUUAAACAAUAACAAUUCUGGAGUAGACUGUCCCUUUAAACACACUGAUUUGUAAAAGUCUAUCUAAAUUAUUUUUAUUCAAAAUACACCAUUAAAGUCUAUGGAGAUUUUUAUAAAUACAUAAUCUGAUAACUUUUCUAAAGAACUGUGAUCAGCCUCAAGGCUACAAAUAAGCAAAAAUGCCCUCAAAGAAUAGGACUACUUUAUAAGUAUACUGGAACAGAGUUUUAUCAAAAGUCUAUCAAAAAUAACACUUUGGAUUUUAAUGAACUUUGUUUGCUGAACAAUCAAAAUAAACACUUGCGUCUCGAUAAACUUUUAACGUCUGAAAGUCAUAAUAUAUAUCAUUCAAAAAGAGCUUAUUAUUUCAUUUUCAAUCCUUAUUGGGUCAAGUUUGCACCUCUUUGUAGUUGAAUUACAUUUUGAGUGUAUAUUUUGAGUUGUAGAACAUUUCAUGAAUUUAUAGAACAUUGUUUUAGAAAAUCUGCUCAAGUUUGCACAGUUAAUAAAUUAUAUUUAUGUUAGUAGUAACCAACUUAAUAUUUUUUCAGGUUCUGGUUUCUUUAUUUUGCAGUAUUUCUAACUGAGUUGUAAGCACUUUCAAGACUAAUAAAGCUUUUUUUCUUUGCCAGGUACAUACGAAACGUUAAUAAUUAAUAACAGCAGAACUGUAUAUAAUUUCUAUAUCCUUUUCAUUGUUUUGUUGAAAUACCAAACUGUAGAAAUAUUUUGUAACCAAUAGAAUAAGGCAAAUUUUUAACUGUUUUGAUAUUUCGUGUUGUGGUAAGCUUUUUUCACCUGUCUGGUAGUGCGCAUAUUACAAGUUGAACGUAAAAAUUUUUUCGCUCGCAUGCUAACCUGAUGCGCAGAAAAAGCUGAACUUUCAAUAUUACGCAUGUCAACAUAUUCCCCCAUAGACGUAAAUGGAGCAAAAAAAGUGGGAAAAAAACACAACACCCUACUUGCACGCUAAUCUGAACGCAUAUUCUUAGGUGAGCUAACCAGACAUGAAAAUUUGAAUAUUUUACAUUCCAAUGUUAUUCACAUAGCAGACUAUGUUCUAUUUAUUCAUAAAUACAUAUUUAUAAAUAUCAUGUUUUUUUGUAACAAUAUAUAUCUAUAUAUAUAUAUAUAUAUAUAUGUAUAGAUAUAUACUGUAUAUAUAGGAAUAUAUAUUUAUAAAUAUAUAUAACAUAUUCUGCUAUGUGCAGAACAUUGGAAUUUGAAAUAUUUACAGUAAAUACAUAUUUAAAACCUUAAUAUGAAUAUUGCAUAAACAUGCUUUUACAUGUUUUUAUCUACUUGACUGCAAAGGGCUCCAAUGCACUUAUAUAUGUCUAUAAAUGUGUACAUAUGUAUUUAUGUGUGUAUAUGUAUACAUAUGUCUAUAUGUCUGUAAAUACAAUAUAUAUAUAUAUACCAGCACUCGCUCCAAUAUAACAACCACCAGGGUGCACUCAAAAGUAUGAUACACAAAAUUCACAAAUGAGGCACUCUCCGUCUUCUAAGCUUAAUCACAAUGUUUAAUAAAUAUUAAAUUGUGUUUAAGCUUGGAAGACGGAGAGUGCCUCAUUUGUGAAUUUUGUGUGUAUAUAUAUACUGUGUGUGUGUAUAUAUAUAUAUAUAUAUAUAUAUAUAUAUAUAUAUAUAUAUAUGUAUGUGUGUGUGUGUAUCUCUAUGUUAAAGUCCUUUACUGCUUUUUUUCUAACACCUGAGACCUCACGUCUUUGAGCCCUUAUAACUUUUUUGUGCAAUAUUUUUUUAAAUCAUUUUUAUUAGAUGGUGUUGUUAUGAGUUUAAGUGUACUUUUUAUUCGAGCAUAACAGUUAACCAGAGCUCUGAGGUCGCUCUAACCCAACGCUCGUUAACUUCAAUAGCUCUCAAGCUAUAGCGUUUACUUUCAACUUGUAAUCUUUACAAUUUUUCCAUGUUUCUAAUAAUUUUGUUUGGCAUCUGUUAAUUAUCUGGAAAGAGGCUGAUGUCGUUCCUUGUUAACACUGCAAUAAUUGCCACAAUACUUAACUACAUAUAAAAUGAAAUUUCCCUGUAAUUAUUUACUUGAUUAUAUGGAUUUCCUCCUCCACCAAAAAUAAAUGUUUGCCUAAACCAGU